AAGCUUUAGAGAACUGCACCAAAAACAGAAAGAUAUAUUGCAGGUGUUAAGCUGAAGUCAAUGUUUUAGUAUAAAGACUUCAGUCAAGCAACACCAUUGCUGUGACAGACAUUAGAUAUUCUGUGAUGAGAUUGAAUUAUCACAUUUAAAUCAUGGAUGCAAAAGAAAAUGACAUAGAGCCCCAAGACAUGAAUGAUUAUAAUCAGUCUUUGCGUAGGAUUGAUGGGUGUCCAAAAGAAGUCAUACAUCAACAGUCUUCCACAGAUUCUUCGUCAAAUCAGACAGUUCAGUGUCAGACCUGUUCACUGUGCUUUAGGGAAAAUGAACAGUUUGCCUUUGUUCAACAUAUGCUGAUCAAGCACCGUGGAGCUGUGUUUCCGUGCCCAAAAUGUGGGGAUGAUAUCAGCUGUUUGGCUGAUUAUGAUAAGCAUGGAAAGUGCUCUGCCACUCAUCGCCGCUUUCUCUGUGAUCUGUGUGACAUGACAUUCACACGCAAAGAUACUCGCAAUAGACACAAAACAAGAAAACAUGAUGAUUCUAGGACUAAGAAGACAAUAACAGCACUGUCGAUCAGUACUUUAAGGCUUGAACAUGAUUCGGAGAGCAUUCAAAAUGCAACAAGAAUGGAGUCAAAACGAGUACCUGUCAUCAAAGCACUGGCUUGGAGGCAUAACGAACCCAAAACUACCCUUAAUACAGUACCAGAAACUGAACUGAUAGAAGACAACUUAAUGAGUGGAGCUAAAAGUAGUGGAAGAAUUCCAAAAUUGAAGACCUCGAAGAUCAAUUUAGAUUCAACGAUGCUUGAUGUUCCAAAAAGUCAUGUGCAUGUAGAUUGUGCAGAACUCAAAUUUAGGGCAGAGAAUGAAGAGAAUGUUGACAACCAUACAGGUCCAGGUGACAUUGAUUCUGCAUUGAGGUCCUUACAUGACAUUUGUAGCUCCCUGGAGGGCUCAGGCUGUGACGUUCUGGUGGUGACGGCAGACUCCCAGCGCUGUCGAUGGUUUGGAACGCUGACAGGAAAGAGCUUUGCUAGUGAAAGGUCUCAAGUCCUGGAUCAUUUCUUUCAGUUUUGCAAUGAUCCUUGCAGAAUAAGUGUAUUGGAUGUUACAAAAAAUGUAAGCCUAAGAAAAGAUAAGAGGAAAAGUGUGGCUACUUCCAGCAAGAAACCUAAAAAAGUUAAAACAGUAGAUGCACAUAAGCAACAGGAAGAGGCUGUGGUAAUAUCGGAAGAAACAAUAUCAGGAGAAACACAAAGCUAUCAAUUUACCACUGAAAUUCAGGAUAUUGAAGGUAUGAACAACAUAGUAAAUGAUUAUGGCUAUGAAAUGAAACAAUUAAAUGUUAUGCACGAAAAUUUGACUGAUACAGAAGCCACAGACUUUGAAACUGCUGAUGCAGACGAUGAUUAUAUUGAUGGAACGAACUCUGAUUUUGAGGAUGAUAUUAAGACCAAUAAGAAGAGGACUAAACAACCAAAAAAGAAAACCCCAAUCAAUAAAAUUGGUACAGUAAAAGAAAGGGAGAAUGGCAGGGCAAACUUUUUACUCGGCAUAAUUGCUGAUUUACAGAAGUUUGAAAAUGGCGAUCUAACUAAUGUGGCUCGAGUUAUAAGGCAGAGGUUUAAAUCAGGGCAGUGUAAUGUCUAUACUGUGUCGGAUUUAGACAAGGGGAAUUACAAAUGCAGCAAAUGUGGGUAUAAUUUCUUGUGGCAGAAACAUUUGGACCUUCACCAACAUAAAUAUAAAGAUUGCCAGCCAGAUGAAAACUUUGGACCUUCAAGACAAAAUAUAUUAAAAGAGGAAAUCCAAUAUUGUCAUGAAGAAACUGGUGUUGUUGUCACAGCAACUCUGAUGGAUUUACUAAAGACUUCUAAGAAUGAUUGCAUCUGCAAAAUAUGUAAUAAGAAAAUGACUACGCCUUUUUCUCUGCAAAAACACAUUGUUUCCCACAAUAACAAUCCGGUUUUCAAGUGCAACAUAUGCAGACAAACAUUUACAACUGAUUUUUUAUUGUCUGCACACCUGAAGGACCAUUUCCUGAAGCCAUAUGAGUGCAUGAACUGUGAUUGGAGGUUUGACUGUGAGGAACUGUUGGCUAAACACCAGAGUGGUGUCACAUGUAACCUAGACAAUGCUGGAAUCAGAGAAUUAUUUGAAAACAGUUCAACUGUCCAAAAUGCAAACACGUUUCAGUAUAAAUGCCCAGUAUGCGCCAAGGUGAUGGAAAGUUUGCAGUUGCUUGGAGCACACGUCAAUAAACAGCAUCCGCAUGAGAAGUGCCAAUUUCAGUGUGAGAUUUGCAAUACAAUCGUCUAUGACGUUCACUGGUACACAAAGCAUAUGGAACAGCAUCAGAAGAAAACCUUCAAGUGCCCAUUCUGUGAUCGCGAAUUCAAAUCCAGGCAAAUUUGUUCGAACCAUUGCCGGGAUCACAAAACCAAGAUGAAGAUGUUGAUAUGCACUGUCUGUGGCAAGACUUUCAAUAUGAAGCGCAAACUGGAUGUUCAUAUGCGGAUUCACACUGGGGAAAGUCCGUUUGCCUGCAAAGUGGAGGGUUGCAACAAGGCAUUUCGAAGCGCACCAUUACUUGAGCAGCACAGUUGGACCCACAACUCUCAUUCCUUCAUAUGUGAUAUAUGUGGGCAGAGGUACAAGAAUCCCAAGCACCUCGGUCAUCAUCGGCUUAGUCACACCAUCCAGUGGCGCUACCAGUGUACCUUCUGUCCAGAGAAAUAUCACACGAUUUUCAAGUUCAAAGGUCAUCUUGUGCACAGCCACCCGGAGAAGAAAGAGGAAGCGGAGAAAAUCUGGGGAAUCAAGAUUUACCAGUGCCAGUUUUGUAACAAACUCUACCAUGACGGGGACAAGCUCAAGGAGCAUGAAAAUAGACACAGAGGUGUGAAGCCUUUUGAAUGCAGUAAGUGUGGGAAGUGCUUCGUCAGUCGAGAGAACCACCGGGUCCAUGUGGAAAAUCACUUGGGGUUGCGGGCAUUGAAAUGCAGCAUAUGUUCCAGACGCUUCAAGAAACAGGAGUUCUUGCAGUCCCACAUGAAGAGAGUGCAUUCAGUGCAAACAGAGACAGUGGACAGAACAUCUGAGCAUACAGAAGACGAAUCUCCGCUCAAUCUCACCAGACGAACAUCAUUUGAGAUAAUGGUGAAUGACAGUCUGCAACCCUUGCCAGCAGUGCCUUAUGUGCCUCGAAUGGAUACCAGUACAAUGGACGAAGAGAAAACAAUGUUUGUGGACACUAUUCAGAAUCAUAAAGACUUGAACAUGUUGUCUGUAGAGAAUGCAUCAACUGCACUUGCUGAUGUUUCAGCUGUUUGUGAUUUAGCAUGGAAUAGUUAAAGUUUCAAAAUUAGUUUAUAAUUAUUGUCCCCUACCGGUUUCACCAGAGGGGACUUAAGGUUUGCGCUCUGUCUGUCUGUCAGUCCGUCACACUUUUCUGGAUCCUGCGAUAACUUUUAAAGUUCUAAUAUUUGUUCAUGAAACUUGAAACAUGGAUAGAUGGCAAUAUGGACAUUAUGCACAUAUUUCAUUUUGUUCCUACGUCAAAAAUUCUGGUUGCUAUGGUAACAAAUACACUAGAAAUACUGCUGAAAAUGGUGUUUUUUCUGGAUCCUGCGAUAACUUUAAAAGUUCUUAAUAUAAUUUUUCAUGAAACUUGAAACAUGGAUAGAUGGCAAUAUGGACAUUAUGCACGUCAUUUAAUUUUGUUCCUACGUCACAAAUUAUGGUUGCUUUGGCAACAAAUAGACUAGAAAUACUGCUGAAAAUGGUGUUUUUUCUUGAUCCUGCAAUAACUUUAAAAGUUCUUAAGAUUUUUUCAUGAAACUUAAAACAUGGAUAGAUGGCAAUAUGGACAUAAUGCACGUCAUUUCAUUUUGUUCCUACGCCAAAAAUUCUGGUUGCUAUGGCAACAAAUAUAUAAAAAAAGUAUAAAAAAAUCUGACAAUGGGGAAAUUUCUGACAAUGUUGAAGCCGGUAGGGGACAUAUAUUGCUUGGCAAUAGUCUUGUUUAAUUUAUCAAUAGUUUUAUUUUCAAAUGUAAAUGUUUUAUAUUCUGCCAUCUUUCAGUAUAUUUCAUUAUAAUUGCAAGAUUCAGGUGUUUGGGUUAUUUUUAAUAAAUUGACCAUGAUUACUAUUUAACUGUUAAGGAAUAAUUCAUUAUGAAUUGUUACGUUACUUUAUUAAAAUAAUAUACACUAAA